AUGAGUUGUAGUGACACAGUUGAGCUACAUAGAAGUAAGGGAAUACAUAAUUACAACUUGAAUAUAUGGAAUUGUAAGCAGAGAAAACAGUGGAACACAUAUAAAACCAGUGAAGACAAAGAUGAUAUUUGCUUAAAGAAUGAGUAUGAAAGAAAAAGGGGUAGUAAUGAUGAAUGCGAAAGUUACAACCAUAUUAAAAUGAAUGUUCGAUCCCCUUCAUUUAGUUGUAACAACUUAAUAAACGGAAGUGAUGUAGCCAAAAGAAACGGUAAUUUUCAGAACUCAUACGUCAAUGUGUUAUACUUUAAAAAAUUAAAAUUAAAUAAAAGAUUGUUUGAAAAAUUAAAAAAUAAGAAUAUAGUUAUAUAUUUAAAAUAUAAAGAAAGUACAUGUACAAGCAAAAAUAUAGAAAUUCGAAAUGCAGAAAUAAAUAAUUUAUAUUUAUGUUUUUUAAUUACUGAACCUUUUAUUGAAGAUGAGAAGAAAAUUAUUAAAAUUUAUAUAAAAUAUUUUAAAGAUCAUAAGUAUAAAAUAUUAUCCUUCGGAUUCGUAGAAUUAAAUUUUUUUGACUUUACUGAAAAUUUUUAUAGAAAAAAAAGUUAUAUGUUAUGUUAUGAUAAAAAUAAUAAUAAAUAUGUUUUUGGUUAUUUUAUAUUAAUUUUAGCAAACCAAAUAAAAUGGACUAUAUGUGAUAAUAGGAUUUCUUAUGAAUAUAUAAAGAAGUCUUAUUUUGUUUCUAAUAGGAACUGUUAUGAUCAUCAGAUUUUUUAUAUUUGUAAAAAAAUUGAAAAAAAUUUAUUGCAAUUAUGUGAUAGCAAUGUGGGUAAUAAGUCCAAGCUAUUCCAAAACAGAGCCUUACUAAAACAUUUCGGCGUCACGCAGAGUUGUCCGGGCACCUUUAGUUUGAGGAAGUCCAAUAGGGAGCAUCAUGAUGACGAAAUUGCACACAUGGGGAGAAGUGGACAUAUAGGGAAAAGCGAAUAUAGAGGAAAAAAUGAAGAUGGGAUAAGAAAUGAAGAUGGGAUAAGAAAUGAAGAUGGGAUAAGAAAUGAAGAUGGGAUAAGAAAUGAAGAUGGGAUAAGAAAUGAAGAUGGGAUAAGAAAUGAAGAUGGGAUAAGAAAUGAAGGUAGGGUAAUAAGUGAAGGUAGGGUAAUAAGUGAAGGUAGGGUAAAUAAUGCAGUUAGGGUGAUAAACGAAUAUAAAAUUAGGAGUGAAGAUUGGAUAAGUGGGAAAGAUGAAGGAAGGGAUCAAAAGAGUGAAAUGAGGCAAGGAGUAGAGGAUGAAGACACAAAACACGAUAACGAACGAAAUGAACUACUCGCGAUUAGUGAAAAUUGCGAAAGUAAACAAAUCUAUCAAAACUAUUUCAAAGAGAAAAGUUCAUUAAUUCAUUUGGGGGAUAUAAAAAAAGCUACCGUCUCCAUGAGUGAACAACGUAUGAGAACUGUAACUCAUAACGACAACAGAAGAGAGGAUAUCAUUAGAAAGAGUUAUUCUGAAAAGUAUUCAAACGAGAAGAAUAGAGACAGCAUUCACAUAGAAAAAUAUAACAUUUCAACUAAAUAUGAUAGUUUAAAAAAUAAAGAUAAUAUGCACUUCUUAUCCCAUUUAAAAGUACAUGACUUUCCAACCAUUGACUUGGAAAAUUUGUCAGAGCAGCAUUCCCCCAGACGUUUUGAAAGUAAUCAAAACAGUGGCAAUAACGAUAGAAAUAACAGUGCAAAUAUCUGUGGAAAUAGCUGUGGAAGUAACAGCGGAAGUAACAGCGGAAGUAACAGCGGAAGUAACAGCGGAAGUAACAGGAGUAACAUCAAUAACGAUAAUAGUAAUAACAACGGAAACAAUAAUAGUAAUAACAACGGAAACAAUAAUAGUAAUAACAACGGAAACAAUAAUAGUAAUAACAGCGGAAACAAUAAUAGUAAUAACAGCGGAAACAAUAAUAGUAGUAACAACAGUAACGGUAGUAAAAUAAUCCCAAGAAAUAGGAACGAAAUGGGCAAUAAGACGAUGGAUAACCAUACUAGUAUCACCUGCAACACGUGUAGUAAAAAUGCAAUUCCUUCGGACAUAUGCGAAAUGAAAGAUACUAUUGUCACUAAUAGGGAAGUCUACAGAGGUGAGAAUAAUGGGGAACAUACGAAGAAAGAUGAAGAUGAGUAUGUGGAUGAGGAGGAAGCGGGUGUAAAUGGGGAAGUAGCGGGUGCAGAUGGGGAAGUAGCGGGUGUAAAUGAGGAAGUAGCGGGUGUAAAUGGGGAAGUAAUGGGUGCAGAUGGGGAAGUAGCUGGUGUAAAUGGGGAAGUAACGGGUGUAAAUGGGGAAGUAACGGGUGCAGAUGAGGAAGUAGCGGGUGCAGAUGGGGAAGACGCGGACGUGGAUGAGGAAGAAGGAGAUGUAUAUGGGAAAGACACGGAUGAAGAAGACGCUGAUGAGGAGAUGAAGAACAACACACGGUAUACUUCUCAUAUAGAAAACCCUUUUGAUUUAUUGCUAUGCCAAAAACUGAAAUGUAUACUCAAUAAAGAUAUGGACAGUUUUAUAGAGGAGAUACAAUUUAUUCUUAAUCAUCUAAAAAAAAAGGUAAUAAAAAAAAAUGAAUAUUUUAUAGAGGAACUAAAAAAUGGAUAUGCAAAAGAUGUGUUCAUAAAAAAAGAUACUGUCGUUGAAAAGAAUAACAAACAAAGUUGCUUGAAAAAAAUCAAUAACAAUGAAAUAGAUGAAGAUCAAGCAAAAGAUGACAAACAGAAAGAAGUGCAACAAAAGCAAGAACAAUAUUAUAGCAUAAAAAGUGAUAUUAUCAAGAUUUUGGAAAAUUGUGUGAACACUACUUCCCUCUACAUUAAGUGUGUUUUGAAAGACAAAAAUGUAAGCUGUCAUGAAAAGGAUAUUUUCUCUUCAUAUGAUGAUAUCAUUUGUAACAUAAAAAAAGCAUUGUAUGCAUAUAUGCAACAAAAUAAGACAUCAUCUGGAGCAUAUUUAGAAGAGAUGCAUAUUAAAUCUUUAAACGGAUCACAGGAAAAGUUGAUAAAUGUAGUCAAAAAGAAAAAUGGUAAUUCUGUAAAAAAGAAAAGCAAAAAUGGGCAAACAAAAAUAUCUGAUGGGAAAGAUCUUCUUAGGGAUAUAACACCCAUACAUUUAUAUCAAUGUAGACAUUUAAAUUCUUAUAUUAGUAGUAAUGAUGAGGUUUCAUCAUCAGCAUUUUCCGACUAUAAUAACUCACCAAAAAAAAAAAUAAAAAAAAAAGGUAGUGAACAACAUCAAGUUUUUAACUAUAUCAAUAAAAACAUAUCUUCUGCUUUACAAUACUACGAAAAUAAGUGGAAGCACAAAUUGUCGGGACCAAAAAAAUAUUUUUAA